AUGGCCCACGACCGUCACGGAAAUAACAAAUACCUCAUGGCAAAACCAAAAAGCUCACGGCAAAACCAAAAGCCUUGUGAGUUGGCAGACUACCUUCGCUGCACACACAUCAACAUAGCAGCAACAAGCAAUGGUGGGCAGUGUACUGAAGCCUCACACGAUCAGGGUACAUGUGGACUGGUAAUAGACGGAGGCACAGCAAACGGUUGGGCCAGUAAUGGGGGAAUAGGACAGUGGAUCAAAAUCCAGUUCGUUCGAGCGUAUCUACUGAACACCAUUCGUGUGAUGCAAAGAGUUGAACUCACUGAUCUUGCUAAAAGUCUACGACUUGAGUUUUCUGACAGUUCUGAGGCAUACGUUGACCUCACCAAAACGGAUGGUUCGACACCAAUCUGGGACGUACGAACGUUUGCUGAUGUCAGCACUUCUUUCGUGAAGGUCGUAGUAGAUACAGUGUAUGCGGCAGGACAAAUAGGGUUUAGAGAAGUGGAGUUUUAUCACGAUAACUGCCUCAGAGAUAAGCUUUGCAGCAGAGUGACACUUCCGGCAGGAAAGAAAUCCGAGAUACAUCCCCUGUUCGGGAAAACCAUCUCGGUUUUGGUUCUGACAAGUCAAGAAGUCAGCAUAACUCUACAUGAAAAGCCACAAACAGACUCUGCUAGAUACCGUUUUAAUAUUGGCGGUAAUUCCAAAUCAACUAUUUAUCUCGCGACGGAAGGUGGAUCAGAAGUGUCGAAGGAUUCCGCAGAUAUAUCAAGUUAUCCUUUCCACGCGAGCCAAUGGCGAACGUUCUGGAUUGACUUCCGUUCGAGCAAACUUGUUCUGGGGUCUGGAAGUGAAGUUAUUCUUCAGUGGAAUAACCCUAAUCCUUUUUCCAUUAGCUACGUGUCGUUCACUGCUGAUGGCUCAUCGGAAACACGGAUUAUUCUUUGCAACAAAGAGAUCAAAUGUUACAAAGGUGCUGAUCAUUUCUGGCCGCUGGAUAAAGUUGUAGCUGGUACUGUGUUUGAUUUGAUUGGCUCAAAGCACGGGAAAGCUGACAAAUCAUCCUUGGGAAGUGGUCCUGGGUACCAAGGAAUGGCCAGCUUAGGCGUGGUACUUAAAAGUACGGAAAAUAAAACCAUCGACUUUGGCGACUUUUCUGAUUGUGUCAGUGACGCGGCAGUAUGUAAUACAGGAAUCGCCAUUGGUUUCUGGGUGAUGGUGGUUAGUAGCAGCGAUAUCUUUCACACUGCCGAGACAUCAUCUGAUCGAGGGCUAUUAAUUUCCUACGACAAAGACUCUUCCAAACUGACUUUUCGAUUUUACUCCAAUGAUGUGUCAGGCAUGGUUGAACACAGAAUAGCUACCCUAGUUUGGUACCAUGUAUUUGUAAGCUGGAAGAAAGGCGAGUCACCAUUUCUCGUCGUGAACGGUGCGUACGACCUUUGGGGCUCCUAUUCGUCCGUAUCAAGACUCCAGGAGACGUACACACAUCUUCUUGCGGGAAAACGUCCCGCGGGCGGGGAAUCUGACGGCGGUCUUAGCCAGGUUGUCAUAUAUAAAAGACCUUUGAGCAAGCAAGAAAUGUUGGCAAAGUUUCACUGCGUUGGAUUGUCUCCCGAGUAUCCACCUUGUGCUAGUAUUGAGACAUCUGAUCGUAUUAGCUGCGGUUGGAGUGGUAUUACAAAGUCUUUGUGUAUCUCAUUGGGUUGCUGUUACGAUUCUGGUGCCAGCAGUUGCUUUCAACAGGACGGACUCAGUGGAAAUUGUAAGUAUAUGUCGUCGACAGAAAUUUUCAGCGAUCCAGUACAAGCACAAGGUAUAACUGUUAGGCCCAGUUCAAACGCUGAACUUCACGAGAUGAACUAA